CUGGAGGAUAAUCGAUACAUAAAAAUCAUCCACCGCAUUUAAGGAUCUGGUAUGGCAGUGUUUGUUUGACUCGAUCGGUAGCCAGUUUCACUUUAGCCAUAACAUUUGAGUCUGCCUGUUGAGAGGGGCAGACAGCGGUCACUCUAUCGACCUGUCUUCCCGCUAUGAAUGUCCAGAUAAAUCACCUGCGACUCUCGAAAAGCAGACAAGAACCCGAUGGAUGAACAUUAUGUGAGUGCUCUGCAAUAUGGGCAUAUGGGAGGUGUAGUCUAUCUUCCAGAAUCUCAAUCAUGGAGCUUCUCUCGCUCUUUUAUACAACCAUCUUCUGUUUCUUACGCCGGCGUAACGAAAACCACUGUCCACUCAUCUCUUAGUGAUUUCGAUGAGACUAGGGAAGGAAAAGCCCAUGCGCUUCCCAAUGCUCAUCCUACACUUGCUGCGAGCUUGCCUUUCUUGAAGGAAGAGAACAUUUCUCGCCUUCUCACAAAUACAACUGAAAUAUGCGAUCCGCAAAUCUCUUCGGUGUUUGAUCUGGGAUAUGCCGUGGAUAUGCAUGAUAAAUAUGGUGGCCGCGUGAUACCGAUUGCAGCAUUUGCGUCUGGUGAGUGUGGCAACUCAAUUUCUUUCAGGAAAAUUGAUGAAGAAAUCGCGGAUUUGAGGCGGGGCAUUAUAACCAGAGUCCGGGCUCCAUAUAUCGGAUCAUCAGAAGCUACUGAGUGGAUUGGAUACGGAGCACCUCUCCGCCAAAUCUGUUUUGCGCAAACGGUUGAGGAGAAGGCCACCUGGAUGGCAGCACGCUUUUCGCAAUCAACCACUAUCUUCCGACCAUUGUAUCGGCCAAGUCCUGUUCCAAUUCAUGUCCAUCGAGACAUAUCUCUGGCACCUGGUUUACGGCUUCAGAAUUCCCGUCUUGAUGCAAACCCGCUUGUUGACAUUUCGACUGCUAAAACCGGAGGCUUUGCCCACGCAGACGUGACCUUCAAUCCAUGGUAUCCAAAACAGUUGGGUAUUGUAGAUGAAGGAGGAAAUUGGAGCAUCUGGGAAAUAUCCGGUCGUCAUACCCAUCAGAAAAGCAACUGGAAUGCCGAAUGUGUCAAAUCGGGAGCUUUGCCAUGGCUCGAGACAGGUCACAGUUUUGAUCUUGAUACUCGUUCUCGCCAUGACGGGUGGGCAGCUAUCGAGUGGUCAGGACACGUGAAUAGCUUUAUUGUCUCAGAUCGUCGGUGCACAAUGCUUUAUCGGAUGGAAGGCGACCUCGUUCUAUCAUCUACCAUCGAGCUUGGAUUAAAGCGAAAUUCGGAAUGGAUCUUGGACCUCCAGAGGAGUCCUCAGAAUAGCUCGCAUAUCUUCGUCCUGACCACCUCCCGGAUAUUUCUCUUACAUAUCGACCCCGCUUCGGUAUCCACGAGCAAUGGAAAUGAUGGCAUGCCUUCAAUUUAUCCUCACUUGGUUUGGCAACAUUUCCGUGAUUCUGAAGAUACGACACUACGGCUGAGUCCUUUGCUUGUAGAUGAGGCCUUCCAUCUGAUCCUCUACUCGCGGCUCAAUCGCUUCACGCAGAUUUUCCCAUGUUCCACUACACCCGACGGCCUACCAGGGAUGCUUUCAGUUCCGGAUCCUUUCAUUCUUGAUCUCCCUUCAUUAUCGGAGUACUCGGGGGAUUCUACAGCUUUGAAAGACCAACUUCAUUUUUCCACCCUUAUCGCCCGUGAAAUUGAGCAAUCCACUCCAUUGUCAAAUAUGGAACACCGCGGAUACAAUAUGGUGAAAUUCUUCAUUCUCGACUCUCGCCUCGCGAUUCAUGAAUCAAUUUACGUCAAAGUAGCUAGUCAAAUAGACGAAUCCCCAAGCCAGAAUAUUCUUCGAGUGAAGAAACGCUUCCCCGGAGUGCAGAGACGCCAAAAGGCAGGAGGGGAUGACUUCGUUGUGGACGACUUGGAUGACUCUGUGACAAGCUCCAGCCAUUUAUUAUUUCAGCGACCCGAGUUCUUUGAGCCGCGCACGCAAAUCUCUCCCCUAUGGACGCUUGACUAUUCUUCUAUGUAUUCAAUUGCUAUUGGGAAAUCACCGGCAACCUCAAAGAAACCCUCCUUCCAGGGUCGUGGGGAAAAGAGUUUCAGUCAAUCUCUUCUCGAUUUAAGGAAUAAGAUUUAUCAAGCGGUCACAGAAGACCUAGGAAGAAGCAAUACUCUUCUGGAAAUUCUCGGGUGUCAUCCUCUCUUGGACGAUAUUGAUCAAAAUACGCGAGAUUUUAAGCUUGCCCUUGCAGAAGCCAUGGAUAAUCCGACAGAAUCAAGAUACCGCCUUGAUUUCGUACCCACUGGAUCUGUCAUUGGUCUUUCUAAUGGACCUGCUGGCAUGCAAAGAACCCCAUCUACCGGGCUAGACCUUAUUUAUACAUACGACUGGCUGGUCAAUGAAUGGUUGUCUACUUUGCCUCCAGACAUGCCAGGGCGUUCUCGGGUAGUGAAAGAGAAAAUCAUUAGGGGUAUCGUCGUGGAUAUGCUCAUGUCACAGAUUCGUAUAAUGCCAACGCUUCCUGACUCUACGUUGGGUGACAGCACAGAAAGCGCCGGGCAUGAUUUAUCAUCCGUGAACAUGGAGGCUGAUUCUAUUCGGAAAACUUCCGAUAUCAACGACCUCUAUCCCAGCCAACCAUCCAAUUGGACCCCCAUGGAGGUCAGCAAUGCGGCUUCCCAGCAAACCAAGGACCGGACAACGAACUGUUACGACGCUCUGUCUUCCCUGACUACAUUAGAGAAGAGAUCCCCUUCUCGACGUGUAUCAAGCGUUCUCGCACAUUGGACUCCUGGCUCUGAUCCAUGUACCUACGACUGGGAACGAUCAGUUCAGGCUCUGCAGACCGUCGAGGUUCGUACACCAAAGCGAAUUGCACGUAGGAAACCCUCUCGAAACCUUGGCUCAGAUCCUUCUCUCACCCCGGCUUUCACUCCCAAAGCUGCUCCUAGCACCAGGGAAUGGGGCAGUCAACCACAGAACGAGAUGCCACGGAUCCAAAUACAAAGCAGCCAGAUGAGAGAAGACGACAUACCCAUGACCCAGGUAGAACGGGGCCUUUUCGGAGGUCGAGAAGCCAGCAAAAAGGUCUCUUCUAAAACAAGGAAAAAAAAGAGAGCAGCUGGUUUUUGAUCUAGAAGGCAUUUUUAGAUUAAUAAUGCAUCACAUAUAAAGAUUAAUAAAAUCUAUGAGUUUCGAAA